ACAUUGGUAUAAUUUGCCUUAUUUUAUAUUAUAACAUUCUUAUACUAAACAUAUCAUACAUGUUUUUGUUUAAAAACUUUUUUUAAGAUUUCUGUAAUAGUAUACCAUCAAGAGGCAAAACUGCACCAUUGCGACUUGAAUCACUAAGUAUAUGGAUAUAUUUAGAUAGAAUUUUAAGACUUAAAAAGUUCACUUAUCACUUUUAAGAACUGGUUAUGAUUCUGUGUUUACCCAAACAUGUUUCUCCCUGACCCUUAUCAGCACCUUGGUUUUUAAUUUUUUUGCAAUUGUAAAUGGUGUAUUUUUAUUUUUGACCUUUCUGUUCUCUUCCAAUUUACUCUUACAUAGAAGAGCAAUUAGUUUAUAAAAUAUUUACAUUGUUUUUGGUCACCUUACUGACAAGCUUCCCUGUUCUCCAGGUUACAAAACUUUUCAAGCAUAUAACACGAUUUAAAGAACUUUACAAUUGAAUACCUGUAUGCCUACCACCUGGAUUUUAUCAUCAUUUUAUUGUGUUUCUUUUAUUACAUAUCUAUCUGUAUAUCAUCCUUCUACUCAUCACUACUCCAUCUUUUUUUCUUUUUGUAGAGAUGGCAUCUCACUAUGUUGUCCAGACUGAUCUUGAACUCCUGACCUCAAGUGAUCCUCUCUCCUUCGCCUCCUAAAGUGCUGGGAUUCCAGGUGUGAGCCACCUCACCCGGUCACAUUUAUCCAUCUUGUGAAAUAUUGCUUUGUUUUUUGGGGGCAUUUCAAACCCGCAGUACCUAACUCCAGGGGCGAGACACUUCAAGUGAGGUGAGGAGGAGGUUCCAGGACCUGGAUCCCAUCUUUUGCAGGGAUAUAAUUCACCAGAGACCAAGAUUUCUAGCCAGAAAUUGAGGGCAGCUCAAGGAGAGACUCCAGACACAGCAUCCUACUUACUGGCUAUUUCCCAGUAACGGAAGAAAAUGAUCAAGUCCCAGGAAUCACUGACCCUGGAGGAUGUGGCUGUGGAGUUCACCUGGGAAGAGUGGCAGCUCCUCGGCCCUGCUCAGAAGGACCUGUACCGGGACGUGAUGUUGGAGAACUAUAGCAACCUGGUGUCAGUGGGGUAUCAAGCCAGCAAGCCAGAUGCACUCUCCAAGUUGGAACAAGGAGAACCAUGGAUGGUAGAAAAUGAAAUCCACAGCCAAAUCUGUCCAGAAAUCAAGAAAGUUGACAAUCGUCUACAGAUGCACUCACAAAACCAAAGAUGUCUGAAGAGAGUGGAACAAUGCCAUAAACAUGCAUUUGGAAACAUCAUUCAUCAGAGGAAAAGUGAUUUUCCUUUAAGGCAAAAUCAUGAUACAUUUGACUUACAUGGGAAAAUACUGAAAUCAAAUUUAAGUUUAAUCAACCAGAACAAAAGGUAUGAAAUCAAGAAGUCUGUGGGGGUUAAUAGAGAUGGGAAAUCCUUCCUUCAUGCCAAGCAUGAACAAUUUCAUAAUGAAAUGAACUUCCCCGAAGGUGGAAAUUCUACGAAUACAAAUUCACAGUUCAUUAAGCAUCAGCAAACUCAAAAGAUAGAUAAACCCCAUGUAUGCACUGAGUGCGGGAAGGCUUUCCGCAAGAAGUCUCGCCUCAUCUAUCAUCAGAGAGUUCACACUGGAGAGAAACCUCAUGGAUGCAGUAUAUGUGGGAAAGCCUUCUCCAGAAAGUCCGGGCUCACUGAACACCAGAGAAAUCACACGGGAGAGAAACCCUAUGAAUGCACUGAAUGUGACAAAGCAUUCCGCUGGAAAUCACAGCUCAAUGUGCACCAGAAAAUUCAUACAGGAGAGAAAUCAUAUAUAUGCAGUGAUUGUGGAAAAGGCUUCAUCAAGAAGUCUCAGCUCAUUAAUCAUCAGAGAGUUCAUACAGGAGAGAAACCACAUGGAUGCGGCCUGUGUGGGAAAGCCUUCUCCAAAAAGUCCAGGCUCACUGAACACCAGAGAACUCAUACAGGAGAGAAACCCUAUGAAUGCACUGAAUGUGACAAAGCAUUCCGCUGGAAAUCACAGCUCAAUGCGCAUCAGAAAGCUCACACAGGAGAGAAGUCAUAUAUAUGCAGUGAUUGUGGAAAAGGCUUCAUUCAGAAGGGCAAUCUCAUUGUACAUCAGCGAAUUCAUACUGGAGAAAAACCCUAUAUAUGCAAUGAAUGUGGAAAAGGCUUCAUCCAAAAGGGUAAUCUCCUUAUUCAUCGACGUACUCACACUGGAGAGAAACCCUAUGUAUGCAAUGAAUGUGGGAAAGGCUUCAGCCAGAAAACAUGCUUAAUAUCCCAUCAGAGAUUUCACACAGGAAAGACACCCUUUGUAUGUACUGAGUGUGGAAAAUCCUGUUCACACAAGUCGGGUCUCAUUAACCACCAGAGAAUUCACACAGGAGAAAAACCCUAUACAUGCAGUGACUGUGGGAAAGCCUUCAGAGAUAAAUCAUGUCUCAACAGACAUCGGAGAACUCAUACAGGGGAGAGACCCUAUGGAUGCUCUGAUUGUGGGAAAGCUUUCUCCCACUUGUCAUGCCUUGUUUAUCAUAAGGGAAUGCUGCAUGCAAGAGAGAAACGUGUAGGUUCAGUCAAAUUGGAAAAUCCUUUCUCAGAGAGUCAUAGCUUAUCACAUACAAGUGAUCUCAUACAGGAUAAAGACUCUGUUAACAUGGUGACUAUGCAGAUGCCUUCUGUGGCAGCUCAGACUUCGUUAACUAACAGUGAGUUCCAAGCAGAUAGCAAAGUAGCCAUUGUGAGCCAGCCUGUUGCCAGAAGUUCAGUCUCAGCAGAUGGUAGAAUUUGCACAGAAUAAAAACCUUAUGAAUGCGGUGAAUGUGGUAGUGCUUUCAGUGAUCAAUUACAUCUAUGUCACAAAAAACACACAGGAGCAAAGUGUGAUACAUUCAAGGUGGAAAACCCUUGAGUAAAACCUUAUGGCUGAUAAGCAUAUACUCAGAGAAAAAUAGUAUGAAGUACAGACUGGGAAAGUCUUUUAUGGGAAGAUAGAUCCUCUCAUCAGUGACCAUAGAUCACAUCAUCAGUGAGCUUAUAGUUGGCAGAAAUAUAAUGAUCAUGGAAAAGUCCUUGUUCAGAAAUAAUACCCUAGUAGGUAUCAGGGGGUUUUCACAGGAGAGAAACUGUUGGAAGAUCUUUGAAGGCUGUGAAUGUGGCAGGGUUGCUAGUGGUACAUUCUGCCUUAUAUUCAGAGGAAAUCAUAGAAAUAAAACUAUGAAAAUAGUAACUAGAACAUCUUCAGCAAAAUAUGAAAGAACACAUGAGCAAAUAAGUCCUGUGAAAAGGAAUAUUUUAGAGAUUUCGAUCACAAAUCUAACAUCAUUAUACAGCAGAUAAUAUACAGGAUGUGUAUUUUAGGACAAUAUACCUUGAAUCACUAGUUGAUAUGUCAAUGACUAAUUAAAAGGGGUUGUCAGUGUUACACAUCAUUGGUUAAAUUUGUAACACAAUGUACCUCUUCCCUCUUUUUUGAUAUGUCUUCUAUUCCCAACCAAGAUCAUUAUAUGAUUAGCUCUUGUGUUUCUUUGAUUCCAAAUUUCUUCACUUGUUAUUUCAGACUACUGAAGC